UUGAGAUUUGGUUAAGGCAUUGACUGAUUCCCGGACCAUCUCAAUCCGCUGUUAACCCCAAACUCGAGCUCGUACACGUCCCCUUUACUUCCAGGUCAUCCCAGAGGCCGGAGCCGCGGCUCUGAUUCUCCUGAGAACCCCAUUGCCCGUUUCAGGGAAGCUCAAGGAAAACUGACUCUCUGGUGGGAAACGAGGGCUUGCGGAGCGCAGAGAGGCGAGCCUGUGGACCAAUCUUGGGCCCCAGGGUCGCCGGAACUCCUCUUCGAUGUCUUUCCGGGAAAUUGUUUGGGUAUGGGUAAGGUCAGGUGGUCCAUCACCUGAAUGAUUAAAAGUUGUUGCGUUGAGGGAGAAAUGGGGGGAAAGACUGGCUUUUGGAAGUGAGCUAGAAACUACAAAACCGAGCUUCUUGGGAACAGCCUUUUAAUCUAACAGGAAGUGGAGCAUCACUGAAAGGGAGGGGCGGCCACCCGAUACUGUCGCCAGCCUUAGGCUCUCUCUUUGUGGACAGCGUUUCAUCCAGGUUUUCAGUCCAGUGAAUGACGCCGGGUGAAUGCAAACUGCUGGGUUUGAAGAAACAGCAAAAAAUGAGUAAGCGAGACGCCCCUUGCGUUUUAUGAUAACCAAGCUGCAAGCAAAUAAAUUGCCUAGGUCUCACUGCAGUCUUUUCUGCACGAGAGUGCCAAGAGAGCCUGUUCCUGUCAAUUACUGAAGCCAUAAGGAAAAAUUUUUCAAAAAUUAAAACUUUACCAUAAUGAGGUGUUGCCAUAUCUGCAAGCUCCCAGGAAGAGUGAUGGGAAUUCGCGUGCUUCGUCUCUCUUUGGUGGUCAUCCUUGUGUUAUUGCUGGUAGCUGGGGCUCUAACCACUUUACUCCCUAAUAUCAAAGAAGACAAGAUGCUCACUUUGCGUAGGGAAAUAAAAUCUCAGGGCAAGCCCACCCAGGAUUCCUUUACUCUGAUAAUGCAGACAUACAACAGAACAGAUCUCUUAUUGAGACUUUUAAAUCACUAUCAGGCAGUUCCAUAUCUACAUAAAGUGAUUGUGGUAUGGAACAAUGUUGGGGAGAAAGGACCAGAGGAGUUAUGGAACUCCCUAGGGCCUCACCCUGUCCCCGUGAACUUCAAAGCACAGACCACAAACAGGAUGAGAAAUCGACUCCAGGUCUUUCCUGAAGUGGAAACCAAAGCGGUGUUGAUGGUAGAUGAUGACUUGCUAAUUAGCGCCCAGGACCUUGUUUUCGCUUUUUCUGUGUGGCAGCAAUUUCCUGAUCAAAUUGUAGGAUUUGUUCCCAGAAAGCAUGUGUCUACUUCCUCUGGUAUCUACAGCUAUGGAGGUUUUGAACUGCAGACAACAGUGUUUGGAAAUGGUGAUCAUUACUCCCUGAUCCUGAUUGGAGCCUCGUUCUUCCACAGCAAAUACCUGGAACUCUUUCAGAGGCAGCCUGCAGCUGUCCAUGCUUUGUUAGAUGAGACGCAGAACUGUGAUGACAUUGCCAUGAAUUUUAUCAUCGCCAAGCACACUGGGAAGACUUCAGGGGUAUUUGUGAAACCUGUAAACAUAGCCAAUUUAGAAAAAGAAACUACCGGUGGCUACUCUGGAAUGUGGCAUCGAGCUGAGCACUUUCUGCAGAGGUCUUAUUGUAUAAAUAAGCUUGUUAACAUCUAUGACAGCAUGCCCUUAAAAUACUCCAACAUUAUGAUUUCUCAGUUUGGUUUUCCAUAUGCCAAUCACAAAAGUAAAAUGUGAGAGUGAAACAGACAAACAAAAGCAAACCUCAGAACUGCUUGUUAUUUAAGUAGCUUCUUCAUGCUCUGGUUGGUCUUUUUAUUUAUUUAUUUUUAAGCAAUAUCACGGACUUUUUUCCUACUCCAGAAGUCUCUACAAAGGGGAAGAAUGCAUGGGGCUUCUAGGAUGUACAAUUUACAUGUGCUUCAAAACCCAAGAAGCUGAUAUUAUCCAGAUAGGUCUUGUGAUAAGUCUUCAUUCAUGGAUAUAUUCCUUGGUCAACAAUUUUAUUGUUUACAUGCUCAGACUGUUUGACAAUUUUUUAAAAUUGAAGCAUAGUUGAUUUACAGUGUCAUGAUAAUGCCCUACAAUUUUGGUUUUUGACUCCCGGCAUUUGCCUUAAGGACCUUUAGCAAGCCGUUUCCAGGAUCAAAAUCUCCAGAGAAGUAUUUCUCAGCUUUUUCAUUCAAGGAUGAUUAUUUUCAUCUGAAGCCUGAAAUGCCUCUUUCUCAAAAGACUGUGGUGUAGGGAAAAGCCAUGUGAGGAGAGAAUAGUCUCACUCCCGUAUGAAAGCAAGUGGAGAUUUUGUGACAAGCAGGGUUUCUCUUCUGGUUCUUCCAACCAGCCCUUUCUAGGACUAGCUCUUCCCAGCAUGGUUUCGAUGCAACCAUCAGUGCUUUCUGUGGUUAAGUCUGUUGUGACUGGUUGGGUUAAUUUUAGUUGCUGAAUGAUGUCUAGUUGUUUGCUUGACUUUUGUGAACAUUUACUGCAUGGAUCACAAAAAAGUGCAGCCUGUAUUUCUUAUAAGCAGCUUCUAUGCAGCAAGGAGUUCAUGUGUUACUAGAUUCAGGUCCUGUAUUUUGGCACUGAAUCUGACUUUGAGAUUGUACAUUAAUUUUUAGAUUUUAUAUAAAAGAUGUAUUAUUUAAGAAAUAUGCGUAAAAUAACUCUUCUGACAGAGUGAUUCAGUAAAACCAGGCAGAAAUUAAAACCCUUACUAUCAGAUGAUCUUUAUUGUUAUAAAAGCAUAAAUUAUCUCAUGGAUACUAAAAUGUUGUGUGUGUUACACACAAAGUCAGUCUCUUGGAUUCUGAAUUCCCUCUCCGAGCCCCUGCUGCCAAAAGAUUCAGAGAUCAUGAUGAAAUUUGAAUUACAUAGAUGUAGAAAAAAUAAAGGACCUGAGUCAUAGCAGAGAAAUUCCACAGAGAGCCUGCAUCAGUUCAUUGUUAAGUUGCCCACUCUCUGUUACAUGAAUUAGUGUCUGUUCCACACUGUGUUUGGUCCUUAAUUCACUAAAGGAAUACUUAAUUAAGCCUCUUUCCACCACAUUCUCCUCUUCCUAUUCCCCCUCCUUCUCCCAUAUUCCAUAAUGAUCUCAAAAUGGCACAGCUAUGAAACUAAUCAUGGUUAAUGUUCCAACAAUGAGAUCUCUUGUGCAGUUAGCUCAGUGUAUAUUGUUCCUUUACAUGGGCAUGUUGUAUGUGUCUUAAUGCCAUCUGAGAAAACCAGUAGAAUUUGAAGCCUCACUAAAAAUCUAUAGUGUUAAUUAUCUGCUUUGUCAAACCUUGGUAGUGAUUUUUUUUUUUUUUUUUGCCUCUUGAGAUUGACAGGUAAAUAAAAUAAACGUUUACCAUCCA